AUGAAUCCGGACCCGAAUUUUGGGCCCCCGGCCGGCGCCGGCGGCGGCAAUCACAACAGCAACAACAACAGCAACAGCAACAGCGCCGGCGGCAGCGCCGGCGCGGUCAACACUCGCAUCUUCGACGUCUACGCGGGCGACGCCAGCAUGCCUCCGCACAUGAUGGACGUGCUAGCGUGCGACGCGGUCGCCGGGGGCGCGGCGACCGCGGGCGCGGGCGUGGGUGGCCUCGUGCUCGAUGACGAGGAGGACACCGAUAGCGCGGACGAGUACGAGUACGAGCGGCGGGGCGCGCGCCGCGGCCUCGGCGCGGCAGGCCGCGCCGGCCCCGUGCCGCUGAUCAACACCGGUCGCGGCCAGAUCCAGGUCGACGUGCCGAGCGACCCCGCGGCCGCCGCGCGUCACGUGCACAACCGCCCCGCGCGCCUGGACCUCGCGCCGCGUGACUUCGCGGAACAGCCCCUGCCGCAUGCGCAGCCGCAGCAACUGCCACAGCCGCUGCCGCAUGCGCAGCUGCCGCUCCAGGCCACGCAGCCCCCGCUGACCAAUACCGACAUCUGGUCCGUGCCCGUGGAGAACGCGUUCCUGGCCGCGCUGCGCAUCAUCCUCAAGAAGGGCACCGCCAAGAUCAAGCUCAAGGACCGCAACUACGGCCGCAACGAGCUUAUCUCCCUCUUCAUCCACCACCGCGUCGGCGAGUACCGCGCCAAGAAGCAGAUCUCGUCCCACAUCCAAGUCUGGAAAAAGUCAAUCCUCAACAAGCUGCAGAACGGCUCGCAGAUCACCGACUACGAGCGCGAGCUGCUCGACCUCAUCGAGCACGGCCCUCCCCAGACCCCCGAGAACGAGCGCGCCUUCCACGCCGUCUUCUCAGAGAUCCUGGACGGCCCGCUCGCGGCCAGCCGCCACAGCUCCUCGGUCUCCACCUCCUCCUCGGCUUCGCCCUCCAACAUUCCGAUGCCCCUGCACGACGCCAUGAUCUCACCACACGGCGCACCAGCGCAUGGCGCGGGUUCUGCGCUCAUGGCGGGCGCGCCACCCGCGGGAGCGCUCCCGCACGGGAUCCCACACAUAACCAUGUACGACCCACGCAUCCCCUCCGCCGCCAUCAUGUCUGCGCCACCAGCCUACUUCCCGUGCACCGGCGCCGGCCCGGGCCUGGCGCAGUUGCCCGGCUCGCUACCCGGCUCGGCCGCCACGGAGCCGCUGACCCCGCUGGAAUACGCGCGCAGGGUCUACGGCAAGCUGCGCUCCUUCAAGUGCGUGCCGGUCAACAUGCACGACUACACGUACCCGUACACGGACGCGCCCAGCGCGCCUCUCGUGCACAGCGACCAGCAGACGCUGCAGGCCGCCCAGGAGGUGGCGGCGCAGCAGCGGCGGCUAAUCCAAAACUUAUAUUCUUCGCAACACAUAUACGGGCCGGUCCCGGCGCCGGACUUCGGAGCGGAGCAGCCGGAGUACUCGGGCUACGACCGCCACUCGUUUGUGCCGCCUAACGCCGCGCAGCCGCCGGAGCAGCCGCUGCGCCGGCGGUCGAUGAGCCGCGAGGACACGCCGCAAGACGAGGGCGCAGGGCCAGGCGCGCAGAACCCUACAGACGAGAGCUGA